UUUCAGGCUAAACUUACCGUGCAUGCACCCCAGGAUAGUCAAGAAUCUUGCUUACUCCAGCCCCCUCAGAUUAGAAAGCGUUCUCAUGGUUACGUGUGUUUGAAAAGGAUCCGGGAUAUAUCAAUUCAAAAUGGCGGCAAUUAGAAGCAGACAUUGAGCAAAUGUUGCCUGAAACAAAAUAAUUUUUCGGGAAAUUUUUCGUCAAAAUGCCUGAAGAAAGAAAAGAAGAUGCAGAUGCCUCUAUUGCUGGCGAAGAAGAAGGCGAGGAGGAGAUUCCGUCAGAUAUCAUGCCACUUUUCUUCACCAGCAAAACUCAAGAAAUCUUUGGCUGCAAGGGCGACGAGGAUGUUACGGAGGAGAACCCGCACAAAUUGAUCCCGAAGGAAGCAAUCAUUCAGGAUUUUAAAGACAGGGCAGCUGUCUCAGAUUUUCAUCCAGUUAAGCAAGUUGUAUUGGACUAUGCAGCUGAUGAACUUCUUGUGGUAUAUGACCCCAUGUUCAAGUAUGGUCAAAAUUUCUACCUUGCUCUCACUGAAGAGGCCAAGGAGAGGAUUCUUAAUCCCCCUCAAGAUGAAACACAAGAGGGUGAAGGAGAGGAGGGAGGCGAAGAAGACCUGAUCCUAACACUCAGAAAAUUCCCCAGAACACCACAGCCAUGGCAGUCUCUUGGAAGUGAAGCUGAAGUAGAGGAAGAAAAUGUGGUAGAAAACAGACCAAAGGUUAAAUUUAGGAUUUCAAGGAUGAGGCGGGAGUUUGGGGCACCUGUGACUUUUGGUGACCGAAACGUAUCUGAUGCAAAGGAUGGCUUUGUAGAAUGUCCCUCGUUUGAAGAUGAAGGGUAUAGCUUGCUUAAGAAAGAGCUGGACAAAGGCAUACAGGCAGUUCCAGUGUUGACAGACAAUGGAAAUCAAACAGAAUGGAGAAAACCACGUAAUGCUGUGACACAAUAUAGUGCUAGAACCUUGGAAGAGAAAUCCAAAGAUGACAUCAUAAGAGCAACAACAGACCUCAUAAGCUUUAUUGAGAAAGUCACACCAAGGUUUGAGCUGGCCUUGCAGCAAAAUGAGAUAUUAGAUGUAUUCUACGAUGAUUACUUAUCUCUGGCUGAUGAUGAAACUACUUUUGGAGCAAAAUCAGACAAUUACUUAAAGGAAUACCAGUCAUUUACUGAUCUUCAGUAUAGCAAAGAAAAAACAAUCACAGAUAUUCAAUGGCAUCCAGUUAUCAAAGGAAUCAUUGCAGUUUCCUGUGGUGAGGACCUUUCAUUUGAUGACAGAGUGGAUAAUUUUUCUCGCAUUCUUAUGACAUCUUCCCUGGUUCUUAUUUGGAGUUUUUCAGAUCCAAUUCAUCCCCUGGCCCUUCUUGAAGCUCCUGAUGAUAUCUUUUCCUUCAAAUUUAAUCCUUCUGAUCCAAAUAUCAUUGCUGGAGGAUGCAUUAAUGGACAGAUUGUUUUGUGGGACAUAACAAACCACAGUGAAAGAUUACGUACUCACAGGCAAUCUCAUGGCCAGAGCAAGAAGAAUUCUAUGCACUCUUUGCCUGGCUUUCAAGAUGAAUCAAGCUUUGAUCGAUCACCCAUUCUGAGAUAUUGUGCUGUAUCAUCAAUAGAACACAGUCACAAGACUGUUGUUACAGACAUCACAUGGAUUCCAGACCACAUGGAGAUUGGGCGCAUGGGAGUUGUUGUCGAAAACAAAUCACAGCAGUGCAAUCAGUUAAUGUCCUGCGCUGCAGAUGGUACUGUCCUUGUUUGGGACACACGCCCCAGUAAGUCUGCAGCACCAAGUCAAACAGCAGGUCAUAACCCAGUUGGAAUUCUUCCCACAUUUAAACACUUGGACUUAACAUGGAAGCCAGUCCUAAGGGUAAUAAAACCCAGUGAGGAGAAAGAGACAAGAGAGAUAUCCAACUUAUCAACCGGUAUAUCCAAAAGUAGAGAUCACAGCAAGCCUUUGGAGAAUGUCAGCUCAAAAUUUUUCAUUGGAACUGAGGAAGGUGAUUUGGUGUAUAUGGAUUGGAAACCUGAGAAAGAUACAGAUAGUGGAAAGAUUGUGUCCCCCCGCCCUGAGCAGGUGUGGUUAGCACAUGAUGGCCCCAUCACCACCCUACAGAGGUCACCUUUCUUCAGGGAUAUACUUCUUACUGUGGGAGGAUGGACUUUUGCAAUUUGGAAGGAAGGAGUAACGAAUGGUCCUCUUCUUCAAUCAGCAAGUCAUUUAAUGAGGUUGUCAAGAGGACAUUGGAGUCCAUCAAGACCAGGGGUGUUUUUCAUCACAAAGACUGAUGGUAAUGUUGAUGUAUGGGAUCUAUUAGACAGGUCACACGAACCCUCGUUGACUCAGAAUGUAACUGCAGCUCCCAUUACUACGAUAUCUCCUCAUCAGGUUUCAAGUAAGCAGCAGCUUCUAGCCGUCGGUGACAGUAUGGGAACAUUACAUGUCAUGGAAGUUCCUUGGAAUCUAAGGCACCCGUCUGCCAAUGAGGCCAAUGCAAUGGAAAACUUUUUCGAACGAGAAGUUAAGCGUCUGGCAUUCGUGGAAGAGAGGAUGAAGAUCAGAGAACAGGAGAAGAAACAACUGGAAGCUGAAGAAAGCAAGCGACAACAGGAGGGCAAACGAGCCGAGGAAAGUGACGCCGAUAUUGAGGCUAAACAGAGAAUGGAGUACCAGGAAUAUUUACAAAUGGAGAAGCAGUUGCUAGAAGAGCUUGGCAUCACAGAAGAAUCAGAUGAUCUUAUAGAGGUCUAAUUGAUGUUGUAAUUGUGUUCAAGACUCGUUCGUUCGUUGAUAGGUCCUUUAGUUAUACGUGGUUGUAAAUAGUGUAUUUUUUGCUGUUGAAUAUUUUAUGAAACAUAUUUCUGCUGUACGAUUUCUGGUCUUGUUUCUUUCCACAAGGAUGACCACGAGGGUCGAUCGUGAGAAAACCCUCUCAACGAUAACACCCGAAGGCUUCCGAAUCUUAUUUCGUGCCUUUAAGAAUUUCACGACCGUUCAAGGAAACACUGAACGUCACGUCGUGUUGCGUAGCAACAUCUGACAAACGUAAAUACUGCUGACUGAGUUUGUUCCAGAUCGCUGGCAAGUAUCAGGAGUUAUUUUCCAGUACAGUUUGAUUUCAGUCACUAGUUGAAAUUUAAUUCAGAACGUCUAUUUUAUUGAUUUUCAUUUCUUGAACUAAACAAUACCGCCAACGUUUAAGUCAUUGUUUAUACUUGAAGUGAUAUAUUAUUUUUAAUCAUAUUGUCGACGUUUGAAAUAAUAAAGAAAUUCUUAUCAGCUAUCAGAUUGCUCCAUAUCUCUGCUGUAUUACGUGAAGACGUUGUUUUGGCAAACCAAGACCGACAUUAUAUUCUUUUCAUUUUGAACUUUUCAAGUUUCCUCUACGUAAAUUGUCGGGGAACUUAAUUCUCACAAAUAAACAAUUACUCGCCAGAGGUUUUCAAGGAUUAAGAAUUUAUUCCGAUUUCCGCUCAUCGAACGAUACAUUGUGUCUCAAGAGCUUAUUCUUUAAAACUUCCCCCAACUUCAAAGGGGAUUUUUACAAAUGACAGUCUGGAAAGUGGUGUUAUACCGACUCAAUUGCGUUAAAUUUUAAUAAACAUUUUUCUCUUG